AAGGCUAGUUUAUAUUUUCAUCAAACUUCUGAACAUACAUACAUAAGAGAUAAUACAGAUGUUAAUGUAUCCAAACCUAAAACUGUGUGUCAAAGACUGUGGUCCGACUUCAUUACGGCUUUCACAAACCGUUAUGUUCUUCAGUGGUCCAUCUGGUGGGCUUUAGGCACAUGCUUUUAUUAUCAGUGUAUGGCGUAUUUCCAAUCAUUAUGGCAAGAAAUUUAUCGAAAUGGUACGGAUUUACAAGUGACCGAUAAUGGAUUCGUUGAAGCUAUAUAUACAAUAAUAAGUACACUAGGAGUUUAUUUGAUUGGUAUUAUAACAAUACCAAGUUGGUGGCUAGUUGGCAUUUUAACUUUAAGCCAAGGCUUAUUAUUGUUGGUAAUGGCUCAAGAAAAAUUAUUAUCACACGCAUAUGUUGGCUACAUUAUAUUUGGAACAUUUUAUCAUGUUAUGGCCACUGUAGCUAAUUGCGAAGUAGCUAAAAAUAUACCUGCAGAUAGCUAUGCAUUGGUAUUUGGAGUUAACACGUUCAUGUCACUCUUACUGCAAACAUGUUUGACAGUAGUUGUAAAUAGUCCUUUAGGACUCAUGUUAGACAUUAGAACACAGUUUUACGUGUACAGUGGAGGUUGUUUAAUAAUCGGGACUUUAUUCACCGUCAGAGCAUUGUGCUCAACAUAUAACACGAUGAUGAGACAUAGAAUUUUUACAACGUCGAAUUAAAUUGAUUUAUAUUUAAUAUUAUUAUAUAUAUUUUAUUAUUAAAAUUAUUGUAUA